AUGCUCAGCAGCUGUCACUGGUCAAUAUAUAUUCCAAGAAAAAACAGGACAAAUCAGAAAAUGCAAAGUUGAACACCGUACUCAGCUUUAUGAAGCUGGAUGCCAAUUUAUUCCAGACAAAACCCAAACAUCUCCAGCAUCUAUAAUGUACAUGCAAAGUCUCUCUUCAGUCAUUGAGUUCUGUGACAAGAAUAGCCAUAAUGCUAUUGCAGCAAAUAUGCAGAACAAGUUCUGCGACUACAGAAGCACAUGGGAAGUUAUUAUGAAUUCUACUGACAUCAGCCUCUCGCCUCCAAUGAAUACACCUCCUCCUGCCCCUACUGUCUCCUUCCUGCAAACACAGGACAGGGUCCUGUGUCUGGUACUUGAUGUUUCUGGAAGCAUGAUUGGGCAACGCAUUGCUCGACUGAAGCAGGCUGCAGAUCUAUUCCUCCUACAGAUUAUUGAAGCAGGGUCUUGGGUUGGAAUUGUGACAUUCAACGGUGCAGCAACAGUGCGGACUUGGUUGAAACAGAUCACUGAUGACGCCGUGCGUGAAGAUCUCAGAGCCUAUUUGCCUACCUCAGCAGGAGGAGGAACUAGCGUAUGUAGUGGAGUGCGCCAAGGAUUUAAGGUAUUUUUGAAUAAAUAUCCAAGUACAGAAGGCUGUGAAAUUGUACUUUUGACAGAUGGAGAAGAUGGAAGCAUAAGCUCUUGUUUUACUGAAGUUACAAAUAGUGGUUCUAUCAUUCAUACCAUUGCUUUGGGACCAAGUGCUGCCGAAGAUCUUGAAAAGUUGGCAGAUAUGACAGGAACUUGGAUUUAUUCACUUCUGAACACCCACUCAGCAGAUCAAGUCCUCUCAAUAACAGUCACCACCCGAGCAGCAUCUGCCUCUGUGCCUCCAGUGAUGGUGAAGUCCUACAUGAACAGAGAUACCAAUAGUUAUCCUAGCCCAAUUAUCAUUUAUGCAGAAGUCAGCCAAGGAUUUUUGCCUGUGAUUGGGGCAAAUGUCACAGUCACAGUUGAAUCAGCAUCUGGACAAACUGUCGAGCUACAGCUUCUUGAUGAUGGCUCAGGUGCCGAUAUUGUGAAAUAUGAUGGAAUCUACUCAAGGUAUUUCACAUCGUUCAAAGAAAAUGGUAGAUACAACAUUAAAGUGCAUGUCCAAGGAAAAGACAACACAGUCAGGCGGGGCCGCAGACAGAGCCAGGCCCUUUAUGUACCAGGCUAUGUAGAAAACGGUGUAAUACAAAUGAAUGCACCAAGGCCUGAAGUAAGUGAGGAUGAAAUCCAAACAAAUCUUGGAGAUUUCAGCAGAACCGCAUCAGGGGGUUCUUUUGUGAUGUCAGGGGUCCCUCCUGGAACUCCCCCUGAUGUCUUUCCACCCUGUAAAAUCAACGACCUUGAGGUAGAGAUCAAUGAUGAGGAUGAGUUUCUUUUGUCCUGGACAGCUCCUGGGAAUGAUUACGAUAUAGGAAAGGCUGAAAGGUAUGAAAUCAAAAUGAGUGACAACCCCUUGGAAUUAAGAGAUGCUACCUUUAAUAGUGCCACUUCCCUUAACAUAUCUGGUCUGACGCCUGAGGUUGCUGGGGUCAAACAAUACUUCCAGUACAAGCCUGAAAACUUCACAAAAGAAAAUGGCACCACACUCUGCUUUGCCAUCCGCGCCACUGAUAACAGCAACAACACCGGAGACGUAUCUAAUAUAGCAAGGGCUGUUCUACUCCUUGCCCCAUUACCAAUUAUACCAACAAGUCCAGCUGACACUACUCUUUCUCAUGGGGAAACCAACUACACUACUGCCUCUACUCAUGUGCAAACAACCUAUACUAAAGGUGAAAACAACAACAGUGUGCUAAAUAAUAUAACUGUAAUCGUCAUCAUAGUAUGUAUCACUGUAAUUAUUAUUUCUGCCAUUGUAAGUAUAACUAUUUGUGUUCUACAAAAGCGAAAAAGCAGACAUCCGCAGACUGGGAUGUAAUAAUAAUCACUGUGGGGAAAAAUAGCUGUCCCAAAGUCACCAGGGAGUGAGUACAUAGGCAUUUCCCCUCAUUUGGUGCUUCUUACUUUCCUGAGGCCAACCAAGUAUGAUAGCUUUGAAAGCAUCUGUCUAAAAUUGAGUUUUCCCUAACCACUUAUGAAGUAAAUACUGGAAUCCUGUUUUUACUGCAAAACCAAUGUGUAGAUGAGUGUGUUAAACUCUCAGGUAAAGGGGGUUUGCCUCUUCCCAUUCUGCCCUCCCAGGCACUUCUCUGCUUUUCCAGCUCCGGGCCUGAGUUGGAGAAAGGCUUGAGAGAAGUUACACACUGUGAAGAUUUGACUCCAUGAAUGGGGCUUACUUAGAAUUCAAUAAGUAGGCCUGACACUGGUACAUUUAAUUUGGCUUUCAGAGUUAAAUCCCACAAAGACUUUCAAAGGCCCAUCUGGGAAUGCCUCCUUGGGAAAUGCAUGUGACUUAAGCUAAAUUCUGUUCCUAUAUCUUUCCUAUAGGUGCAUAAUUUUAUACAAUU